AUGAAAAGCUCGUUGGAUAAAUAUCAAGAGAUUUGAUUUCGUGAACGCAUCUCGCUUCACUUCGCCGCUCUAUCAGCGCAUGCAGCAGUAAUGUACGUGCGACAAACCAACUCGCACGCAGCAAAUAUGGACAACUUUCAAAGAAUAUUGGGCAACGACGAGAUAAGAAUGACUUCAGAGAGAUCAUCUGCAUCGAAGAAAGUAAGUCUUAAUGAGCUGUUUUUUAAUUAUUAAAAUCAUGAGAAUCUACAGGGUUUGCGGUAAUAAUGGCUGUCGGCUGUCUGAUACGAUUCUCUUUUCUUUUAAUAGGGAAUCUUGCUUCAGAAUUUGGACGAAGGAAAACCCUGCCUUAAAUGUGGAGAAAAAUGCCCUGGAUUUAGCUUGCACGUGUGGCGGUAAGCACGAACUCAAGGCUCAUAAACCUUGUUUAUUUUUUACUUCGUUUUAAGUAGUUCACCCGUCCGUGUUAAGCACGCAGUGCACAAGAAUUAACAGUUAAUGAAAAAUAAAUUUGAAUCCCGUUGUUUAGAGUAAAAAUUAUUCUUUGUGUCUUUAAUUAAAAGUGUACAAUAGAACACGUCGAAUCUCUUACGAGUUAUUUCACUACCCACCUCGAAAUAAUCGUAGAGUAACAAGGCAACAAAUAUUUGUUUUCAUUGCGUUUCUUGGUUAAAUUCGAGCAUUUUUCGCACAAGGGUGUGGGGAUUAAAGGUUAGGCCCUCUUGAGCUAGAAUCAGCGCCAGCUUUCGCUUAUCAACUUGACAAUGCUGCACUGGAAAAUUUAACUUUAAGCCCGCGCUCUUGUGUAUAAAAAAGUAAUGUCUAAUGUCCACGCUACAAGAUUGUCAUUGUAAAUCUACGUGUCAAGUCUGGCAAAGCCUGAGGGUAUUAGAACGCUUUCAGUUUUCAUUCAUUAAUCGCUUCAGUAGUCAAACACAGAAGGUGCACUUCUCAAAGCCAGUUCUCGGUCGGUAAGAGCUGUUUCUCUGUUCAGUCUCCCGGUGAUUCUUUCGUUCAUUUUGGUCAGCUGAUCGCGUGAUUGACUCCGUUUAAGACAACAUGGAGAUUUUAAGCAGCGAACAGAAGACAAGAACUCCUACUAAACCACCGAGACCGAGCCGCAAACCGUAAGUAUAUUUCAAUCUCGCGACUGAGUGGGCAUCGAUUGGAACAAACCUUUUAAGACACUACUCAAUUAAGGGUUUAUAGAGACUGAUUGCGUUUGGCUUGCUCAAAAAGAUUCAUAGCACACCAAAGCGGCAUAAGAAAAUUCAUUGAACAUACGAACGCAAUAUGCUUUAAACCUGACUGCAUGUUUGUUUAUAUCUUUCGUAUUCAGAACAUUUUUAGAUCUUGAAUUAACUCAUUUUAUUAAGUACACCAAUACGGCGUUGUGUUAUUUUUGAACUGCCGAGUAUCGUGACACGCGUUUAUCGCAGUUUCAGCUUUCCUCGUAUGAAAUAAACACAAGGUGCAUGCACGCAAAGGCGAGAAUUUUAUUGUGAGCAUUUUUUAAUCUCUUGUUAAACAUUCCAGUUCUGUUUUAGUGAUUUCCAAUUGUUUUGCGUGAUUUUUUUUCGUCAAUUACUCGUCUUCUGUUUAUAGGGAAGAGCUUUGUAUUAGACAGAAAUUAGACAUUCAAACUCCUUGUCAAUUCCUACGUUUCAUCGUUGAAGGUCUAAAGCAAUUUCAUUAUCAGCAGACAGCAUACAGGAUGAGAACUGCGAAUUACAGUCAUCCAGCUCCCGCGGCAAAUAUAACAUGUCGAUUCUACGUAGUAAAUGUUUUUAUCCGUCUUUUUUAUCGCUUAAAGAAUAAUUUCUUUAGACGCUGCACCACUUCUCUGUUAACAAUGAUCAGAGUGAAAUUAAGAUUUGCUAUCUCCCUUUUUUUCAGUUUUGGAUGGAUGGUGUAAUUUCAAUUUUGAGCGAAUUCCGAGUGUUCUCUUCUGUUCCCCAAUGCCAUCAAAAGAAUGUCGAAAAGACUUAACUAAUUUUGCCUGUUUCACCGAAAGUUUAUACUAGAAUAGCUGAAGUGUAAUCAAUUUUUAAAGGGAAGCAUCACGUAUCGAAAACAGAACAGAAAAUUAUCAUGAGUUAUUUUCUAACCUUAUGGUUUGAUACUCGAUGCAUCAAAAGGAAAACUGUUCAUGUAGAUUAGCGGUCACCCUUUGUUGUAAUUGUUCCGCAUGCGCGCGUCUUCAGAGCUGAGCCAAAGUAACUGACUGGCUGAUUGAUUGACAAUGAGAUCGAAGUUUAAAAAUAGUACUGAGGUCAGUUUUUGGUUCGUAAGACUUGUCGUUGUCUUGAUCUUGAAUGAAUUAACUUUAUUUCCGCACUACAAUUAUAUAGUGCGACUGGUUGCCUGAUGGUUUCAAAGAGAUAAGAGAGGGCAAGGAAUGUCAGUUUAUUUAUAGUCAAGGACGCGCCGCGUCCGGCCUUUUACACACUAUACACAUGGCCGGCCGGCACUCCUUCCAGGCUCACUAUUUUCGUCUCAAGCUGAAAUAGGCAGGGUGCAAAAAAUGCCCGGUGCUGGUGAUUGUUAGUAUUUUUGUUCGUCAUAUUCUUAAAUCGAUUUGAAAUUAGCUGGUGACGAGUUGGUUUUCCAGCGUAGGAAUGCUUUUCAACCUUUAUCGGAACUUUCAUAUACGUCUUAAAAUAUGCCACUGAAGAAGUGCCUAAUUAAUGCAAGAGCUUAAUUACUUUCGUUUAGAUCAACUUGAUGUUUCUCGCGUUUUCAAUACGACAUGUGCAUUCUGCAGGUUAUUAGUCGCUGGUGUAAUCAUAUACAGACCAAAGAGUCCGAGUCUUGUGCUCACUGUUUGUUUAUACACAAAGAAAAAUCUCCUUCCUAGUAUAACGCUAGACUCAACUUAACUCGGAAAGUACCCUUUUCGGUGUUUUGAAAAAUUACUUUUCCGAAGUUUUGCGCAAGAUGUGGAUCGGCCAUCCCGGCUUUGCUUUUUGGGGGAUUCAAGGCUCAUUAACAUUUUAGAUAAACCAAUAAACUCCCGCUACAAAUUGUUUGAUCUGCAAUUCUUAUUCCACAGCAAAGUGUGUGCAAACUGUAAAUGCCCAAGAGAGAAUCAUGAUGUGUCGGUAGAUGUUGAUUUGGAUGGAGUUGAAUUCAAAAUUAGAGGCCUAAACAUCCAGUCCAACAUUAACAAAGAGAACGAUUUGCCUGCCCCGCCUUCCUCAAGGAGACAAAAUUACAAUGAUUACUCUACAGUGAAGGUGACCAAGACCGAGAGCAGUCCUGUUGACAAUGACUUCUUGCCCCCUCCUCCCCCACCCGCUUCAUUGGCCUCAGAUUACAUUUGGUCCCCACCGGGACUAACCGCUGGACAGGUAAGGAAAGAUGCAGGAUAUGAAUUUUUACAGCAAGUCCAGAAUCCAAUAGCUGUUUUAUUGCACAUUCAAAGUGAUUCUUACUUUAAGCCUGCUCACCGUAUUUACUCGAUUAAAUGCCGCCUUUGUGCAAAAACGCGCCCUUAAUCGAAUAAAUGCAGUUUCUCGAUUGAUGUUAAAUUUCCGUCUUCAUUAGCAUUUUCCUCGGUAAAUUUAGGAUAUAAAGGGAUGUUCAAAAAGCAGUUGUAAUCCGUUAUAAAUUGUAUUUUCGAUGUUCUUGCGAUGUUUUAGGCAAAAAAUCGGCUAUUUCUUCUUACCAAAACGUGUGAAAUUUUCUGCCAUUUUCUGCAGCUCCAACAAAACAACUGAGUGAACGUAACCUCGUCCCUAGCGCUUCUCGGUUGCGUCCCUUGGUCUGUCGAUAGCCUGUGACGUCAUUCUAUCGAAUAUCGUAAAUUUGGUUAGCCCUAGCUGGCUAUGAAGAAUUAGUCUUGUUGUUAAACGAGGAUAUAUGUUCUUUAACGAAGGCUAAAAAAAAUUUCCGUCAAGUACAGUUGAACCUCCAGUAACGGCCACCUCUCCAACACUGCCACUUGUUUUGGCCCGGUGUACAGUCCAUACAUUGACUCUUACGUAUUUAAAACCUCUCUACAACUGCCACUUUUUUUUGGCCCGGCGUACAGUCCAUACAUUGACUCUUAUUAAAAACCUCUCUAUAACGGCCACCUCUCCACAGCGGCAACGGCCACUAAAACGUGUCCCCAACUGUGUCCCCUUUACUGACUAAUGAAAAAGUCAAGAAUGGUCAUGAAAUUUGAUUCGUAUGGCGCGUUGAUGAUUAACCACCGCAAUCGUAUUUAAAUUUUGUUUCAUUUAUACUGUCUCAGUAAGCAUUAAUUCUCUACGAUAUUUAAAGCGAAAUGUUGCGAGCCUUUCUCGUUUUGUCAAGUUAACAUUUUGAUUCAAAACAUAAUUCAAGCUUUUUGCGUAUUUUAUCUCAACAUAUUUUUUAUGAUUGGAUUAUUAUCAUUAUGGGAGAGAGUAAGCAAGAACUUAGCACAAUAAACAUGUUGUACUUCCUAAAAAAAAUUGUCACAUUACACCCAUUCCUGUCCAUAACGGCCCGGGCUACAACGGCCCUUUUUUUCUGUCCCCAAGGUGGCCGUUGUGGGGAGUUGGACUGUAUUCAAAUAUUAGUUUUAAAAAAAUGCAUUUGUCUUUUGUAAUGUUUAUUACCGCAUUUUGUUGUUUAUUUACUUCUGUAAAUGAAACUGCUAUAUAGAAAAUCUUAGUAUUCAACUUACAGCAAUAUAACUAAUAUUCAGUUAAAACUUAAGUCUGGUGAAUUGUUUUGAUGGUUUAGCAGGUAUGAAAUAGAAGUUUUGUCUUCGACUUUUUUCCUUAGGUAGAGGCUUACAUGAAGUCUCUGCCGGAUGAUAAGAUCCCGAUUGCCGAUUCUCCAGGAGAAUCAUAUUAUCGCACUCAGCAGUUAUAUCAAAACCCUCCACAAGACAAAGCACCUGUACAUUUCUCAAAUAUCCCUGAGCCUCAGAGAGAAGCUUUUGUACAAUUCUGGAACAGCGAGGAUGACGCCCGCGGGACGGGAAAGGUCAAGAUCCCGUUAGGAAGACGAGAGGUAACGUUGAACGCCCGCACGUUUUAUAUUUUGCAGGUUAAUGGUCGAAAACGAUAAACGUUACGAUCUUUAAAGGUCGAGCCUUCUGACUACGAACUCCCACGAAUGUAUGCUAAGUUUGCGCAUAACAGAGGUGUCUGCACCAUAGCGACAGGAAAUAUAUCAAGUUUAGUAUCUUUGGGACCAAAAGAACUGUCCAUAUUAAGCAACGCCACUGAAUCGCUUUUUCCAGAAUUCGAGACUUCAGUUUUCUCAAGAACUGUUAUUUUAGAAUACAAAAUCUUCUUCGCUUUGGUUCGUCUUUAAACACCCGUUCAUGUGUUCUUUAUUUUAUAGUUGCUUUGUUUAUUGUCAAAACCAGAGUAAACAUGGCAUGCGGCAUAUGCCAAAAUAAUCCCGGGCUUUAUCCCACCUGACUGUUGAUCCUCAGGAAACAAAAGAUUACCGGCUUGGAGGAUUAUCCGACUGAAACUCAGAAAGAUUACAUCUGGCACUGAUUAACACAAUAAACUGAGUAUGAGAGAAUCUUAGCAUACUUUAUCCUCUCAAGAAAUUUAAACUGAAAAAUCUGGUGACAGUUUGCAUGUAACUUCUCAUUCGGGAAAUCUGCUUUGUAGCCGCAUAUUUUGCGUAAAUGAUGUCUCAAACUACUGUAAAUAAGAUAUUUUUAAAAUUCGCCGAAUCGUGUCAUUAAAAUGAGUCGCAUUUUCUUUAGAAGUGCAUUUAAACCAAUGCGUUCUUGGUAACGAUAGACAUCAGUGUUGUACUUUAACUGGUUAAAUGUAAAAACAGAUUAAAUAUUUUUAGCGCAUUUCUUUUUAUUGCGUUAUCGAUGGCAACCAGAUGCUUAAGUCCACCUCACAAGCUAAAGCUGAAAAGUUUCUUACAUUAAUCUCUCUCUAAAGGGAAUACUAAACUUUUUAAUACAGUAUAUCCUAACUUCUAACCCGCAAGGGGAAUGGUCAAGAGUGUUAAAAACAGAUGCAAGUUUCAAACCAACAAAAAUGUCUACUUUGCCGGCAAACUGCCGCUCACAUCCUUGUUACCGGCGAAAGUUCCAUUAUGUCAAUUUUAGCCUAUCAGGCACUCUUUCCGGCGUCAUUAAAACGCGGACUUUUGGCGGAGACCGGGAUCAGCAUCUAUUUUAUUUUGUUUAUGUCUUUUUUUUCGCGGCGAGUUGAAUGUCUUAUAUUUUUUACCGGAAAAAUAAGGAAAAUAUUCGAACACGCCAGAGAAAAGUAAAGGCUAUUGUUCGAAUGAGGAUGCAAGUCAUUAUUUGAAAAUGUUCUGAUCUUCGAAACAGUCACCCCUCCAGGCAAACACUCAGACGGUACAUUACCUGGUGAAAGAAGUAUGCGAUUCAAUAGUACAGGUCAUGUUUAGUUUAAUUAUUGAUGACCUGGUGGUGUUGCCCUUAGUUGAGGAUAUCUAAUGUUACUAACGUUAAAGAGUUUUUCUUUCCCUCUUUCUUCCUUUCUUCUUUUUUUUUUGUUUCCUUAGACCUGUCAGUCAUGCUUCAAGACCAUUCCAAAAGGUGACGUUGUAGUGUUGGCUGAGUUUGAGGAUAAUUCAGAGUCUUCAGCUUUUUAUCAUGCAGCAUGCUUCUGUUGCUGUAUCUGCUUGGAAUGGUUGGUAGAUUUAACAUAUUAUCGUUACGGCAAUAAAAUCUAUUGCGGGAGACAUCACGCCGAGCUCUCAAAACAGCGCUGCUUUGGUUGUGAUGAGGUAAGCAGUAAUCCCACAAAGGGCAUGAGACUAACAGUGAUUGCUGUCUUCUCCAAAUCAGCUCUUUAGAAUGUUUGCACGGUAGGGAAUGGACGACUGAAACCGUUUCUUGCUCAUUCUUUAUCGAAACAAACUGACUUUAGCUUACCAACAUAUUUACUGGAUUUCUAGCUAGAGUUUUUCGUUUCUUCCUCAGCUGAUCUUUACUGGGGAAUACACCAUCGCUAUGAACAAAAGUUGGCACUUGGGACACUUCCGGUGUAAUGAGUGCAACAUCAGUAUUACUGGCAAGCAGUUUAUCGUCAAAGAGGAAAAGCCUGUAUGCCUUGAAUGUUUCGAGCAAAGGUGCGUCUGACCAUUUUCCAAUCUUGUUUGGUCACUAAAACUACAAUCCUUGUCAAGGUGUGAGCUAAGAGUGUGAGUUUGUUUUACCAUGACACCUUUGUUUUUCAACGUUCACCACAUGGACUAAAGCAAGUCACGAUCAAGAUGGGGGGAAUUUAAUUUAAUUAUUUAUAUCAAAAAGGGAAGUGCUGACUUUGGAAAUACGUCCUGUCGAUAGUUUCACGGACUAAUUAAAUUGCAUGUGCUUUCCCUUUUAAAUAGUACAGAAAAAAGGAACUUCAACAAAGCAAUUUUGAUCGUGUUUUGCUUGGGUCCUUAAUAACUUAACUGUUUGCCAAUCUUAACGAAUCUCACUUCCAUGCGCUCUCGUCUAACGUAAUACUAACAAUACGUUGGUUGUCCUGUGAUAGGAUGUCGUAGUGAGUUGUACCCGCCAUUCACAAGUGUCACGGCACUGACUCAUUCUAACCGCAGUUUUUGUCACUCUCUUUGUUGAUCAUUUAACGCAUAGGCCUGACAAGUCCCCUGCACAUCUGAUUUUGCCAGUUCACAGCGCCAUAAAUCGCCCUCAAAUGUAAGUGAGGUUCGUUAUUGGUGCUUUUUUACGAACAUGAAUUCACCAAAGUUAUUUUUAGGUCAAUUAAAAGCUUGAAAUUAAUAGGGAGUUGGUUUCCUGAGAGGCCUGCAAAUUUUUAUUCGGUGUUGUCAAGAUAGAAUAACGAGACAGUUGCGAAUGGAUUUGAUGACGCUUAAAACGAUGGUUUAAAAUGUGCGGACGUUCAAGGAAUAACAUUUCCGUUUAAUUACAACCUUUAAAAAUAGGUUUAGUAAAAUUCACAUAUCGCGGCCAACACCCUAAGAUUUCCUUUCUGUCUCAUUAUUUUCUCUUGUUUACAGUUAAACUAAGUUGCUGAUGUUGUGAUAUUGUUUGUAGAUUCGCCAAUGAGUGUGACCACUGCCAUGGAAAGAUUGGACCUGAUGCUAAAGAUGUAUCAACUGCAGACAACCGCCAUUGGCAUGAAACGUGUUUUCUCUGCGACAUAUGUCGGAAACCUCUGCGGUCAGAUGGAAAAUUCACCUUCUACAAGGAUCAGGUCCUUUGCAACGACUGCUAUAUCACCAACUUCCAGAAGACUUGCGAGGGAUGUCGAUACGCGAUUGAGUCAGGGAGCGCACGCCUCGAAUACAAUGGAACGUACUGGCAUGAGGAGUGCUUCAAAUGCGCCGUUUGUAAGGAGGCAAUUGGGACCAGCGGUUUUGUGCCAAAAGAUGGUGAAUUUUACUGCCCCAACUGUUAUCAGAAUUUGCAUGCCAAGCGCUGUGCGGAGUGCGGCGAGCCGUUGUCCGAAGGUGGCGUUCUUUACAACGAACAAACGUGGCACAAAGAGUGUUUCAGUUGUUACAGUUGCCAUGAGUCUCUAGCGUCUCGUCCCUUUUCCGUACACAACGGUGUGCGCUAUUGUAUUGAAUGUUAUGGAAGAUUUCUGGCCAAACAGUGCGAGCUGUGCUUCAAGCCAAUUAUCGGAGGGGAAUACUUUACGUUAGAAGAUUCCAAUUUCCACAAAGAGUGCUUUAACUGUAGCCGGUGUCAGCGGUCAUUGGCCAACGAAGGUUUCGCCCGCGAAGGAGUGGAAUUGCUAUGUGCCAGCUGUGCUGAAUAAACCGAUGACCGUUGGACCACACGCCGCAGUAAUGAUCAGUUGACGCCAUGAAGUUGAAGACAGUCUAAUGACGUCUUUGUAAUUUUCUAUUUAGAGAAAAGAAAGUCCCUUUUCAUGGUACAAAAGACAAACU